UUAGCCCAUAGAUUUCCUUCUAAAAAUGCAGACCCAUUUUAAUUAAAUUUGGGGAGGGCAAUUCCUCCCUGGACUUCAUUUUGGCUCCUGGAAAACACUAGCAAGAUGGGAAUCAUGGCUGUGCUCAUGCUGCCUCUGCUCCUUCUGGCAAUCAGUGGAAUCCUCUUCAUCUACCAAGAAGUUUCCAGGCUGUGGUCAAAGUCGACAGUCCAGAACAAAGUGGUUGUGAUCACUGAUGCCAUCUCAGGGCUAGGCAAGGAAUGUUCUCGACUGUUUCAUGCUGGUGGUGCCAGGUUGGUACUAUGUGGCAAGAAUUGGGAGAAGCUAGAAAUCUUGUAUGAUGCACUUAUUAGUGUGGCAGACCCAAGCAAGACAUUUACACCAAAGCUUGUUCUCUUGGAUCUCUCAGACAUCAGCUGUGUCCAGGAUGUAGCUAAAGAAAUCUUAGAUUGCUAUGGCUGUGUAGAUAUUCUUAUUAACAAUGCAAGCAUGAAACUGAAAGGCCCUGCACAGAAUAUCUCCCUGGAGCUUGACAAAAAGAUUAUGGAUGUCAACUACUUUGGACCUAUCACAUUGACCAAAGCCCUACUUCCCAACAUGAUCUCCCGAAGAACAGGCCAGAUUGUAUUGGUCAGUAACAUUCAGGGGAGAUUUGGAAUUCCACUUCGAACUGCAUAUGCUGCUUCAAAACAUGCUGCCCAGGGAUUUUUUGAUUGUCUCAGAGCAGAAGUGGAGGAAUUUGAAGUGGUCAUUAGCACUGUGAGCCCAACUUUCAUCAGAUCUUACCACAUGUAUACAGAGCCAAGGAACUGGGAAGCUUCCAUCUGGAAAUUCUUUUUUAGGAAGUUUGCCUAUGGGGUACACCCUGUGGAAGUAGCUGAAGAAGUGAUGAAGACAAUAAGACGAAAGAAGCAGGAGGUUUUCAUAGCCAACCCCAUCCCCAAGGCUGCCAUCUACAUUCGCACCUUUUUUCCAGAAUUCUUUUUUGCUGUGGUGGCCUGUGGAGUCAAGGAGAAAUUAAGUGUCCCAGAGGACAGCAACACCUCUGCCAUCUAGCUGCUAGCUCCCUGGAACCUCUCAGUGAAUUGACAUCUGUCUCUUAUGGCCAAAUCCUUGGGAAUUAAGCCAACUAUACCUUGUAUUUGCCUGACUGGCUCAGAAUCACAAAACCAAAAAGAUCUCAAAGUCAUCUUGUCCAACCUCUACUUUACAAUAUAAUCUGACAUCCCUCCUUCAUUUGAUUACUUCUAGUAAGCAAGAACCCCUCCCUUAUAAAACAAGCAUAUUCUACUCUGGAAUAGAUGUAACCAAUUGUUAGAAAGUUUUUUCCUAUAUCAAGCCAAAAUCUGCCUUUUCUGUUAUUUCCAUCUGUUGCUCCUAGAAGAAGCAAAAAAGGAGAUUUGGAGGAAUCAAGAAUUGUGAAGAACAAAAAAUGAGAUCUUGGGAGGAGUAGGGCUAAGACAAGUCUGGAAAAAGUUAGAGAUUUAUAAAUGAGGGCCAAACUCAAGAAGAAAGUAGAAUAUUCUCACCAGGAAAGGAGAACUCAAGAUGAAGUGGAAAACAGUAGGACACAAGAAUAAGUUAACAACCCAAGAAUAAGAAGUGAAGAGAAAGAAGAAAAAUAAAGAAUGAGAAGGAAUCAAAAGGGAAGUUUCAAGGAGAGGGAGAUAAGGUUUGGACAAAUUUACCAGUAAGUAGUAAAAAUCUUUGCUUAAAACCUCAUGUAAAUCAUUUAAGGACCUCUACUGAACUUUUGUACAAUGUGAUUAAGAAACUUCACCUUACAUCGAGCCUAAAUUUGCCUCUUUAUAAUUAGAAUUUUAUUCAACAAACAUUUAUUGAGCACAUAUUAUGGGCAAGGCACUGUGCAAGGCACUGGAACUCCAAACAGCAAUGACGACAACCCAAAAAUGAAAUUAUCUCUGAUCUCAAGGAUUUUGCAUGGACUUUCCUGGUUCUGUCUUUUGAGUCUAAACAGCAUAAAACCAAUUCCUAUUUCAGAUGAAAACUCUUCCAAUACUAGAAGACAGACAUAUUCCCCCAUCUUCUCUUCUCCAGGUUAUACCUUACCAGUUCUUUUAUCAGUUCUCAAAAGCACUUUACAAACCCGGUUGCUCUCCUCUGAAUGUUCUCCAAUUUGCCAAUGUCCUUCCUAAAAUGUGGUACCCAUACAAUAUUCCAGAUGUGAUCUAACCAGAACAGAGUACAGCAACACUAUUAACUCAAAGAUAUAAACAAUGUGCUAUAAAAUCCAUUUGCUAUUUUUCAUGCCUUAUCAUACUGAUUACUCUUUUCAGCUUUGUGGUCCACUAAAAACAGAUCUCUUUUUCAACAAACCACUAACCAUAUUUUACUCCUUCCUGUAAUUGUGAAAUUAAUGGUUUAAACCUAAAUUAGGACUUAAAUACCAUCUUAAUGAAUACUAGCCAAAUGUGAUAGUCUAUGGAGAUUAUUUUCUGAUUCUGUCUCUAAUUCCCAUCAUAUUAGCUAUGAGCUUUGGGUCGCCCACAAAUUUAAUUGUAAUGUCACAUAAACACUGAUAAGUGUUAAAUAGUACAUAUCAAGGCUAGAAUGCCAUGUUCCUCCACUAAAACUCCCCCUCUAAUUUGAUAUCAAGCCUUUGGGUCCAGUCAUUCAUCCAGGUCUGAAUCUUUGUAAUU